AUGUCAUCCUUCGAUUUCCCCAUUGUUCUUAUCAAGAACCUACCUUUCAAUAUCAGCGCGUCUUCUUUAUACGAGCUUCUAGGUAAGUACGGUAAUAUCCAUCAACUUCGAGUUCCCGAUAAUUCAAAAGAUGCUCAACCUGGAACAUGCAUCGUUAUUUAUAGCAAUAUGGAUUCUGCUCAGAAGGCUCUGAAAGAAUUGAAUGGUAUAAAUUUACAUGGGAGGUAUAUUGUGGCUAAUCUUCACGGAGUUGAAAAGUCAAAGCUAACGCAUGAAGAUUUCAUUUAUAGAAAGGAAGAACUUGAAAAGUUAAAACAACAAUACGGAAUUGAAUGAUGAGUAUAUCUCUUUAUAUAAUGACUUGACGAUACAAAAU